AGUUGUGAGAUUAUUUGCUAGAUUGCAUUCUUAAAAAUAUCUAAUAGCAGAAGUGAAUUAAAAGUUUGUUUCAUGAAGGAAUGUGUUUUUGUUUUUCAUGCGAAUACAGAAAUGCCUUGCUGGUAUUAUGAAAAAAAGGAUCUCAAAGUAACACCAUCGAUUUUGGAUGGUUUAUCACCAGAGACUGAACGUCGAUAUAGGAAAGAAGGUGCAAGAUUUAUAAUGCAAUGUGGAACUGCAAUGAGUCUUGGUCAUAAUACCAUGGCUACUGGAGUUGUUUACUUUCAUCGAUUUUAUAUGUUUCAUUCCUUUAAGCAAUUUCCAAGAUAUGUAACUGCAUGUUGUUGCCUGUUUUUAGCUGGGAAAGUGGAAGAAACUCCUAAAAAAGCCAGAGAUAUUAUUAGAAAUGCUAGAAAUCUACUAUCAGAUGAUAAAUUUUAUUCAUUUGGCGAUGACCCAAAAGAAGAAGUAAUGACUUUAGAAAGGAUUUUAUUACAAACUAUAAAAUUUGAUUUACAAGUGGAGCAUCCUUAUGGUUUUCUAGUCAAGUAUGCAAAAUGUUUAAAAGGUGAUCAAUCCAAGCUUCAAAAAAUGGUGCAAAUGGCAUGGAAUUUUGUUAAUGAUUCAUUGAGCACAACUGUUUGCCUGCAAUGGGAACCAGAAAUUAUUGCUGUUGCCAUGAUUCAUUUAGCCAGUAAAUUAAGUAAAUUUACAGUUCUUGAUUGGGUAGGACGGCAACCGCAGCAUUUAAGGUGGUGGGACAUGUUUGUUGCUGACGUUACAAUGGAAAUACUAGAAGAUAUCUGCCAUCAAGUGUUAGAUUUAUAUCAACAACCUCAAAACCCAGAAUGCACAAGUCCGCCGCAGCAACCUCCAAGUAGAAUGAGCUCUCCUCCAACAACUUCUAGUAAUAUUUCUGUCAAAAGCAUAAAUGAAACGCCAUCUUCUUCGACAGCAAUCAACAAUACUAACAAUAACAAUAAUAUAGUACAAAAUAAUAUCAAAAGGCCGACAACUCCACCACCCCCUCAUCCCCCAAAAUCAGUUCAACCAGCAGUUGCCAGUGUGCCAGUAGCAAAUCCAAUUCCUGUUUUGAAACCUACUAUUCCUCCUAAAAAAGAAGAUAAAAUCGAAGGAAAUCCAAUACCGAAACUAUUGACAUCAGAGCCACCGUUACCACCUCAGCAAUCAAGUCAUUAUUCUUAUCAGUCGACCUAUGGUCACGUAUAUCCGACACAUACUGCACAUUAUGGACCAGGAAGUUCUGUUCCACCACCUCCGCAGCCUCCAAUUUAUGGCAAUCAGUAUACCGGUACAAUGCAAACUCAUUUUCCCGGGCCUCCACAUAAUAUUCCACAUGCCCCUCAACAUCCUCCUCCACCACAACAUCAACCUCAUCCCCAACACCAUCCGCCACCUCAUCAUCCACCACAUCCAUCUAGUUAUUAUCAACCCUAUGGAAGAUCACAUUACCAACAAUAACGGCUUAAAAGUAGAUUAGAAUAAAAUUAUUUCGCAUUGGUUGCAGUUAUUUGUAUAAACAGAUAAUAAAUUUUUUAUAAUUAUUAAAUGUAAACUUAACUGAAGUUGUCAAUUUUCGGAACACUCAUGUAACUAGUAUCUAAGAGACAUAUCUUAAUCAAAAACUAGUCCUUAUUCGAAUUCAACAGUUUUGAUUAUGUUUGUACUAUUGAUGAAACUUCUAAAACAAACCUA